CUCGAUAGCUGCUAUGCAUAAAGCCUUAUCUGCUUGCUACUCUUCUGCCAUUUGAUCUAAGUCCUGCGACUGUUUCACCAGGUUUUGGCUGUGAAGUUCGACCCAAAAGCCCUUAAGUUUAUCAGGGAUAGCUGUUUAUCAGUAGUUAUUAUCCUGUAAAGAGUCAUUUAAAGAAAUAUGCAGCGUUCGGCUCUCCCUGCGGGCCGCAUUCAGCAAAAUCAAGUGCGAACAGGCCCAUCUCGUAGGCCUCAGCCUUUUACUUCUGUUCGUCCUCAUGCUACUACCAUUUGCAACGCGGCAGCCUCGCUGAACGGCAACGGCAAUGGCAAUGGCGUUCACUCCAAAGCCAGAUGCUCGGGCGCUCGUUGCCCAACACCUGCACAGACUAUCCGUACUAUUGUCGACAUCGUUAACGAGGGCACCCUGUGCACAGUCAACGCUAGCGGUCUUCCAGUCGGCAUCCCUGUGACAUUCAGCACGGAUAAACAGGGUCAACUGCAGCUACACAUGGAACGUGAGGCCCUGGAGAUGGCUAACAUCCAAGGCAGCACUGCCUGCAGCCUCAUGGUGCAGCCCACCUGCCAGCCUGCUCGCGCAGUCGCAGCUGUGACGCUCAUGGGCAAGCUGGAUGCUCCAGCUGACUUCUCAGCAACCACUCUACCCCUCAACGUGGAAAGGUGUUUCUACUUUGGGGGCUUGGACCAGUCAUCUCGCGGCCUGGAGGUGAGCGGCUCAGACUUCCAGGCCGCUGAGCCGGAUGCGCUGCGGAAGGCGGCUCCGGAGCUGGUCAAUACAUGGAACAGCGAGUGUGCUGAGGACCUUUACCGCAUCGUCAGCGACUUCCUGGGGGUGCCGCUGACGGAGAUGUCGUACGUGGAGCUGCUGUGGGUGGACCAGCUGGGCAUGUACCUGCGGUCGGAGGUGGCGGGGCAGGAGGGGCCGCAGGUGCUGCGGGUGCCCUUCUACCGGCCCGUGCUGGACGAGCGGGACGCGCGCGCCGUCAUCACCAUGGCCUCCCAGAUUGCAUGGGAGCGGGAGAGGGCCUACACGCCGCCCAUCACCGCCAUGUAUGCGGAUGCGGCGGCAGCGGCAGCGGCGGCGGCUAGCAACAACUGAGAAGGGG